AUGCACUUGCAAAAUAUUAUCUUAAUUUCAACUUUUAAAAAUUUAUCAAUACAAGAUAAAAUAUUACAAUUAACAAGAUUAUCAACAUGUUGUAUAACAUUAGUAUUUGUAUUGACAAUAUUAUUAGCUCCCUUAUUCAAUAAUAAUACUUAUUUAUGUCGUAUAAAUUGUGCUCACCUUGAUGUUUCACUUGGUUUAUAUAAAUCUUUAAGAAAUUCAGUUACUUCAACUCCUUCAAUUUUAACAGACUCUGGUGGAUUUGGACCAUCUGGUAAUUCAUUAACCAACUCAGAAAUUAGUUUAUUAUCUCAAUAUGCUGAGAAUCAAGUGGCCGGUGCCCCACAAUAUUGUAUAACAAGUUUAUGGAAUUGGUGUUAUGGUAAUUACGAUAUAGUGCAAAGUUAUGAUAAAUUUGGUAAUUUAAAAUAUAUUAGACAGAAUGAAGUUUUAAAUUGUGAUAAUACUAAAAAAUUUGUUUUUAAUUAUAAGAUGGAAUUAAAAGCAAUUGGUUUGGAAAGUAUUUUAGCAUAUGCUUAUCAAGCUUCUACAGAUACAAAUGAUUCAAAAUAUGAUAGUAUGGUAAACUCAAGAAAUAAAGCUUUUGGUUAUGCUAUUAAUGCAAUAAUAUUUACUGCUGUUUCACAGUUUGUUUUGCUUGUUUUAACAUUGGUUAUAUAUUCGAAGAAGGAAGUUACAAGUCAAGUUCCAAAGUUUAUUUUACAUAUUACUGGAUUAAUAGCACUUACUUCACUAAUUAGUAUUGUUAUCGGUUCAGCUUUAAUUACAAAUUUAUUAUUAUUGACUAGAAAGGAAAUUGCAAGUACAUUAGGUGAUUUCGGAGUUAGUUUUCACGUUGGCACUAAAUGGUUUGCCAUGCUAUGGACAUGUUGUGCUUUUGCUAUAUUAUCAGGUGCUUCUUGGUGUUUACCGUUAUGGUGCUCAAAUCCAGAAAUUGUUUAUGAAGAAGAACCAUCAUAUUUUGACAUUAGAAAUAAAGAUACAGGAUAUCAUGAUUUCAAGAAUAAAUUUAGAAUAAGUUCAAAACCAGAACCUGAAGUUGUGUAUGAUAAUGAUCAUGAAGAGGAAAUGAGGAAACUAGGUGAAUCAUUAUCUAAAAAAUCAACUGUUAGAAGGUUAAAUACAUUAAAGAAGAAACCAGAAAAAGAAUUGCUAAUAUAUGAUUAUACAUCAAUACAAGAAGAGAUUUAUGAUGGUUACAAUUCAUCAGCUUCAAUAUCAAGAACACCUUCUGAACAUAAAUCAAAAACUUAUAGAAGAUCAUAUUUAGAUGAUGACGAGUUAGUCCUACUAGAUAAUCAAAUGUUUACAGUUGAUAGAUAA